CAAGGCAUGCCGGGAAUUGGAGUUCCGCUUGCUGACGCGCUGCGUAGUGUAGAAGCGUUGCCUCAGCUAUGUACGGACUACAAGACCCAUGAGGCAUUGCGCAGAGAGCUGCUGGCUUCCCUUCGGACAGAUGACUAGUGCAGCAUGUUGUACCGUGCUGUAGCUCCAGCUGAGUGCCUGUUCCCAGCUCGCCCACACUCAUAGCGGAAGAGGGUAGCUGGCAGUCCCGAGCCUUCCCGUCCCCUCUGUGCCUCUACGUCCAGUUUUUAUCUGCUGGAACGAAUUCUAUAAUGCAGGAAGACCGACCACAGGAGGUUGGUACACAACCAAUGGCAGAAUCUGGUGCAUCAGAGGAUGGACCGGCUGAUUCUUCUGAAUCACCACACAUCUCGGAUGCUGAUGCUUUUAGGAUUCUGUGGGAGAUGAAAAUGAAGAAAAGGCAGAAAUGUCCAUCACUUCCAGAAACCGUGACAGAACUUAGCACAGAGGAUGGAAGUAAAGUGUACAUUGUAGGCACUGCUCACUUUAGUGACAGCAGCAAGCAAGAUGUGGUAAAGACCAUUCAGGAAGUACAGCCUGAUGUUGUUGUGGUUGAGCUGUGCCAGUAUAGAGUAUCUAUGCUGAAGAUGGAUGAAGAGACAUUAUUGAAAGAAGCCAAAGAAAUAAAUUUUGAGAAGCUUCACCAAGCUAUUAAACAGAAUGGAGUUAUGUCCGGUCUCAUGCAAAUUCUAUUAUUAAAAGUGUCUGCACACAUCACACAACAGCUGGGAAUGGCCCCUGGUGGCGAGUUCAGAGAGGCCUUCAAAGAGGCCAGCAAAGUGCCUUUUUGCAAAUUUCACCUUGGAGAUAGACCUAUUCCUGUAACAUUCAAGAGAGCGAUUGCUGCACUUUCAUUCUGGCAAAAGGUGAAGCUUGCCUGGGGCUUGUGCUCCUUGUCUGACCCAAUAAGUGAAGAUGAUGUGGAGAAAUGUAAGCAGAAGGAUUUAUUAGAACAGAUGAUGGCAGAAAUGAUUGGUGAAUUUCCUGACCUCCAUCGCACCAUAGUCUCUGAGAGAGAUAUUUAUCUAACAUACAUGCUGAAGCAAGCGGCUAAAAAAACAGAACUACCUCGUGCCUCUGAGAAUGAGCCUCAAAAAAGCGUACCAACUGUAGUUGUUGGAGUGGUUGGGAUGGGACAUGUACCUGGUAUAGAGAAGAACUGGAGUACUGAUGUAAAUAUUCAAGAAAUCAUGAGUGUGCCUCCUCCUUCAAAACUGAGUAGAAUUAUGACUUUAGCUGCAAAAGUGACAUUUUUUGGACUAGUAGGUUAUGGUUGUUUUUGUGUAAGUAGAAGAACUGUCCGAUUUAUCCUUUCAGUGCCAGCCACAGAGUAUUGCCUUCAAAGACUGAACCAAAUGAGAAUGUGGGAUUUGUAAAUUCAACCACCUUAUUUAUAUACUACAGAGCUAUUCGUUACCUAUAACUUUAUUCAUUACUGGUCACGUGCGGCUGUCCAGAACCUGUCUAUAAAAUACUUGUUUGAAGCAUCAUAAACGUCAACUUUGUGAACAUCAGAUGGCAGCUACUACAGGUUCUGAAGAAACCAUACUCGGCCUGUGACAAUAGGGGUUUCCAAUGAACACUGGCUAUUCCAGCAGAGUGGAUAAUGUAACUAUAGAAGCCAUUGUAAAAUAUUGUGGGGAAGGAGAUGCCUCAAUGUAAAUCAUUCACUAAAGAUAACCUGUGACAAUGUGUAA